AUGCGAUCCUCUUCGCCUUUCGCCGUCCUAUUGAUUAUUCGAGUGAGCAUCGGAAUCGUCGUCGAGCCAAAAGUCAAACUACACACGAAACGGAAUCGAUUAUUCGAGGACAACGCUCGCCGCGUUGAUUCGGGAUGCCGCUGGUUUGGCACGGCGCCAUUUUGCUACGAGACGUGCCCGUCGGAUUAUGAUUUCAUUCGGCAGCACAGUGGACGAUGCGCGAAUGGCGGCUCGUGUGUGCCCGACGCGAGCUUCGGCGAGCCGUGCAUCAAAAUUUUCUCAUAUCAAAUGACGAAGAAGUUCUGCUGCAAAAGCGAUCCGGUGGAUUGCUCAUGGAGCGGCCGAUGGAUGGGAUCCGAAGACGCGUUCAACUUCUACUGCCGAUUCGAUCCCGAGCAGGGCACGUGCGGCCGAUUGGAGUGCUCGGUGAACAACGCGAAGUUCAAAGCGCACAACUCGUCAUAUAUCGAGGGUCCGAAUUGCGACGAGCUUCAAAUGUGGAAUCUUCGCGGCAAAGCGACGUGCGGCUACAUCGCCUGGUUCCAGAACGGCGAGCAUCGAAAUAGUUGGUACAAAACAUUUUGA